GCGGUAUAAAGCCACAAAAUCCCUUCCCCUUUUUUUAGUUUUCUUUCCAUCUCGCCUAUUUUUCUUUUGUCUUGCUAUUUGCGCCGUCGCAGUUUUAUGCAUUUUGUGGCUUUUUCCAAUGAGGGACAUAUUUUUUUCUUUCAGCUUUUUAAGCUUUCCUCUCCAAGUCAUUCACUUUUUUCUCUUAAAUUCUUUCACAUUGACUUUUCUAGUAAAAGCAAAAAUAUAAACCAUUUCUCCAUUAUACAUUUUAUUUUCCCAUUAUGGCAAAAAUGGAUUUAUAUAUUUACAGAGAAAAUUCUGUGGCCAUUAAUGAAAAUUUAUUGA